AUGACAAAAACUCCACCCUUGGUGAGCAUAAUUGCCAUUCCUGCAACAACAACUUCUAUUAUUAUAUCAACUCCACCAGUAGAUACAACAGUUGGGACAAUUAAUGUCUUACCAACUUCUAUGCCACAACUGCCACCAGUAUCAGUUUCUACAAUUCCAGUUGUGACUACUUCUAUGAUGUCUAUUACUAUAAUUGUCUUGGUACAAGCGGGACCAUCAACAACAGCGGUAUCUUCAAGUCAACCAUCUACUAGUUUUCCUACAGUUACCCAAGUGGAGGUCACUACUCCAACCACACAAUCAGUCUUACCUCCUUGGUUGGACAUAGUGACACCAAAAAGGAAGAAGCGGGUUGUCUCACAAGAUGAUUUCGACUUUGAAUAG